GCUGUGCGUGAAGCGUGGACGCGGAGCUGAGCGAACGUUUUGUGGGCAGAGUCACAUUACAUCACAGAAAGACAUAAAACCAUAACCAGCGGCAGAAAGCUGCGCGCUGCUGGCGUCGUCAGGAGGAGCAGGAGAUAUUGCAGAAGUUUCAGGCACUGACAGAUAAACACGCCGCACACUUUUUCGGUGCCGUGGAGGAGAGUGCCACCUUUAAAAAUGGAGCUACACGCCAAGGAGAUGAGCCCGAAAUCCAAAAUUGCUUCUGUGUUCUGUAAUAUUAAGCUCUUUGUGCUUUGCCACAGCCUGCUGCAGCUGACCCAGCUCCUCUACAGCGCCUACCUCAAGAGCAGCAUCACCACCAUCGAGAGACGCUUCGGCCUCAACAGCUUCUCCUCCGGCGUCAUCUCCUCCCUGCACGAGGUGGGGAACACGGUUCUCAUCGUGUUUGUCAGCUACUUCGGGAGCCGGGUCCACCGCCCACGCCUCAUCGGUUUGGGCGGUCUGCUCAUGUCCGUCAGCGCGGUCAUCCUGGCCCUACCUCACUUCCUGUCUCAGCCCUAUGAGUACAACUCUGUGCUGUUUGACCACAGAGACAUGUGUGUUCCUCAGGGGAACUCCUCCACUCUGGAGCAGUGCGGGGAGGAGGGUUCCCAGCACCUCUCCGAAACCAGCAACCUGUGGCUGCUGAUGGCCAUCGCCCAGCUGCUGUUCGGGGUGGGGUCCGUACCCAUCCAGCCUUUCGGCAUCUCCUACGUGGAUGACUUUGCCAAACCGGGCAACUCCCCUCUUUACAUCGCCAUCCUUUUCGCUGUGUCUGUGUUUGGCCCCGCCUUCGGAUACCUUCUGGGCUCAGUGAUGCUCCGGAUCUAUGUGGACGUGGACAGAGUCGACCCAGAAAGCCUCCAGGAGCUGAGCCCUGCUGACCCUCGCUGGGUGGGGGCCUGGUGGAUGGGACUCCUGAUCUCGUCUGGCUGUCUGGCUCUCACCUCCAUCCCCUACUUCUUCUUCCCUCGGAGCAUGCAGGUGGAGUCACACGAAGCUGGAGUGGAGGCUGACACUUUGAAAGAAGACCCAAAGAAGUCUGAGGUUUUGUUGUUUGACUUUCUGAAAAUGUUCCCCAAGCUCUUUGUGAGGCUGCUGCUGAGCCCGCUCUUCCUGCUGCUGGUUCUGGCCCAGUGCUGCUUCUCCUCGGUGAUCGCGGGCCUGGCCACCUUCCUCAGCAAGUUCCUGGAGCGGCAGUACAGCACCUCAGCGGCCUAUGGCAGCCUGCUCAUCGGUGCGAUAAACUUGCCGGCAGCGGCCAUCGGGAUGCUCCUGGGCGGGGUGGUGAUGAAGCGAGCCAGCCUGUCCCUGAAGACCAUCCCACGGUUCUGCAUCUCUGUCCUCUUCACCUCCAUCCUGCUCUGCGUCCCUCUCUUCUACAUGGGCUGCUCCACGCAGAAGGUCGUCGGGGUCAACGCCGACUACUGGGAGCCCCAGCUCACCAACAGUUCCCUGUCCGCGUGUAACUGCUCCUGCCCCAGCAUUGCGUUUAACCCUGUGUGCGGCUCCAACGGCCUGGAGUACAUCUCGCCCUGCCACGCAGGCUGCACCAACUUCUCCACCAGUCCGCAGAAUCCCUUCAGGGUCCAGUCAUAUACCAACUGCAGCUGUGUCCUGGAAGGGGAUGUCCUGGGAACUGCUCGCCCGGGGUCCUGUGCCAACAGCUGCCCACACCUUCUGCUGCCUGCCAUGCUCCUCAUCUCCCUGGCAGGGUUCAUAGCCAGCCUGUCCCACAACCCCAUCUACAUGAUGGUGCUCAGAACGGUUCCCCAAGAGGAGAAGUCUUUUGCAAUAGGAGUGCAGUUCUUGCUCAUGAGAGUACUGGCCUGGCUGCCGGCUCCCGCCAUGUUUGGGAUCAUCAUCGACUCCUCCUGCAUGUGGUGGAGGCGCAUCUGCGGCAACAAGCCAGGCUCCUGCGGUUACUAUGACAACAACCUGCUGCGAAACAGGUAUCUGGGCCUCCAGGUGGGCUUCAAGGCCAUGGGCAUCUUCCUGCUGGUGCUGGUGGGCUGGAGGGUGCAGCGGAGCAGGGAGUACUGCCUGGAGAAGAAGCCAGAGGGGGCGGUCUGAGGGGGAGCCCGGCUCUGCCCCCGCUCCGCCCCACAGACCCACCCCCACACAGCUUCCCAAAGUGGGGAUGGACAGAAUACCCAUCCUCCAGGGCGAGGGAGGAUGGCCUCUUCAUGUGGAACCCUCCAUCACACACACUCUCCAGAGCGCCUCCAACUGCUACACCCCUCCCAGCACAGAGUCCCCCCCCCCCAGCAUAGCAGUUUCCGGUCAGGACGCCCCAACCUGACAAAUUUAUUUCACUUAAUGAUAACUGCAGCAUUGCAUUUCAGUCUCCGAGCGCCCGCGAUGUUAAGUGGGCGUGCCGACUGUACACAAAGCCAUUUGUUUGGUGCUUUUAAUUUCCUGCUUUCAUAAUAAGCCAUUCUUCACACUCAGAAAUCUGCUGCAGCACAGGACAACACUGCUCUUUGUGUUGGCUAAAUAGUUCACCGUGUUUAACCUCACUUCAGCGCCCAGAAACUGGGGCCGCGUAAAAUAGCUCACGACAAAGCGGUGAAAUUACUGGCUGUAAGCUACUUAAAUAAACACACACAUAGCUGGUGUGCUUAAUGCAAUACCUCCUACUUUGCAGCACCUAUGGAUUAGUUACAAGUACAUUCAUGGGGGUAACAUUUCACAUAAGGCAUCUAAGACUCACAGGAACUGUAUUUAACCCACUUAUCUAAACUUUUAGUGUAUUUUCAAGGUUUUUCAACCUCACUGUUUUCAACAUGUAAAAGAAGGAUUAUAUGCAGAUGAUUAAGCUAAUUUGGUUAUGAAACAAAUAUUACGCUGCAAGUCAUUACAUGUUUGAAGGAGCUUUAAAAGAAUGUUUUUAUGUUUUCAGGUGCACAAAUAUGUAUGU